GCCAAUUUAAAAUUCUUACAAACAGCAGCUUAGAAGCAUACGUAGGUGUGGCAGGUAUAUGUAAAAGUCUUUAGUCAUGCAAGUGGAAUACAAAUUCCAAGUGGAAUAUGCUAAAAGCAAUCGAUCCAGAUGUAAUAAAUGCAAGAUUGAAAUUGAUCAAAAUUCUCUACGUAUUGCAAGACUUGUACAAGCACCAAAUUUCGAUGGGAAAAUUCCUAGAUGGUUUCAUUAUCAUUGUUUUUGGGGAGGAAAAUCGCCUAUUGAAAGCACCGCAGAGAUUAAACACUUUGACUCUAUUCGAUGGGAAGAUCAAGAAAAGAUUAGAAAAGCAAUUGCUGGUGGUGUUGGUGGAGGCGUAGGAGCAGGACUAUCUUCUCCCAAAGCUUCUACUCGUAAAUUUACUGUGAAAUUAUCGGAUAGUGAUUUACCGUGUAGUCAUUGUGAAAAGCCACUAAUACAGGAACGUCAUACAAUAUGUGAGUCUGGUAAGAAGGCUACGUUUGCGUGUCAUCUAUCUUGUUUCCUGAAAAGUAAUGAAUGUCUUGAAGAUAUAUCACAG